UAGUUUGACAUUCUGUGGUUUUACACAUUUUCUUGCAGCAAGCAAACGAAGCAAAACGAAAGCAAACUGCCCCUCUUCGUCUUUCUCUUCCUCUUCCUCUUUCUCUCCCUCUCCGGCCUUGAAUCCGAAUUCCUCCCCGCUGCUCUUCUCGUCGUUCCUAUAACAUAUUCAGUUUCUGUUUCUAGCAAUGGAUGAAUGAUUUAAGCGACAAGGAAUCGUUGUUGGCUCGGAUUCAUCAGCUCGAAAAUGUUUGUGACCCUCAGUGGUGUUCCAGAGUCGAGUCUAUACUAAAAUGUAAGGUAAAAUAUGGGGAUUAUAAUGUUUCACAGAGCGUGAUGAAUUGCGCAAAGACAUUGAACAACUGUGUAUGCAACAAGCUGGACCAAGCUACCUUGUUGUGGCCACUAAGAUGCAUUUCCAAAGCUGGUUUGGAGCAGGAGAUUGAAAACUUGAAAAAGAAGCUAGCUGCUUGCACGAGAGAUUAUGUGAAUCUUCAAGAGGAGCUUUCUGAGGCUUACAGAAUCAAAGGCCAGUUGGCUGAUCUACAUAGUGCAGAGGUUGCAAAGAAUGUGGAAGCAGAAAAGCAGCUUAAAUUUUUCCAGGGCUGUGUGGCUGCAGCUUUUGCCGAACGAGAUCAUUCAAUAAUGGAGGCUGAGAAGGCUAGGGAAAAAGAGGAUCUCAUGUCAAACAAAUUAUGUGAUAUAGAGAAGAGAUUAGAAGAACUUACUGCAGAUUUUUCUAAACAGAAGAAGCUUAGUGAUAAACUGCAAAGUGAUUUAGCAAUGCAAGAGGAGCAGAUUGAAGCUUUCAAGAAGGUAAUUGACAAAUUUUAUGAGAUCAGACAGCAAAGCCCCGAGGGAUGUGAAGAUACAAGUUGGGACAGAAAAUGUGCAUGCCUUUUGCAUGAUCCUGCAGAAUGGUGGUGUUUCAAGGAUGCUUCCACAUCUAAAUAUAUUAGUGCAUUAGAGGAAGAGCUCGAGAGGAUGAGGAAAUCUGUAGAUAACCUUCAAUACAGGCAACGGAUGGGCUUGGAAAUCGAAAAUCAUUUAAAGCGGAGAGUUGGCGAAUUGGAAAAGAAAAAAAUCCUCACAUAUAAAAUGAUAAGGCAUGAGAUUACAGAAUUGCAUCAUUACCAUUCUCAGCAUAGAGUUCUCAUCAUGAAUUUACUUGAUGAGGGAAAGGCUAGUAUCAAAACAAUAAUUGAUGCAAUAAAGGAAAAUAGUAGGCAAAUUGAUGCGACCCGACUUGAAAAGGAGGGGCCUUCUCCGCGAGAUAUAAAGCACGACAAAUAUGAAGGCCAAGAGGUGCAUAAAAAUACCGAUGCUGAUCCCCAAUUGGUAUCCAAGAAUAGUGGUCCUGACUCAUCAGAGUUUGUGGCAGUUAGAGGGAAUGAUUCCUCCGAAGUCCUUGCACAGGCAUUGCAAGACAAGGUCUCAACGUUAUUGCUUUUAUCACAGCAGGAAGAAAGACAUUUACUUGACAGGAAUGUGAAUGCAGCUCUUGAAAGAAAAAUAGAAGAGCUUCACAGAAGUUUACAGCAGGUUACGAAUGAAAAGGUAAGAGCUCUAAUGGAGUUUGCACAAUUGAAGCAGGAUUAUCAUCAGCUUAAAGAGAGAAUGGGUCAGGGGACAAAUAGAGAAAAUUUGGCCGCUGAAAUUGGGGAGAGGAAGGUAGUAACUCGUGAAAGAGAUGGAAGGCUAAAAAGUUUGCUGAAGAAAACGUACUUGAGUCGUUGGGCUGGUAAUGUAGACUUUAGGGGACAUGAAGCUGCAGGUGGCCAAAAUGUCGAGGGGAAUCUAUCUGGCAAGGGGUCCAAUAGCAUGGAGUUUGCCAGAAUGAAAAUUGAAAUAGCAACACUUCGAGAAAGCAUGGGAAGUAUGGAGCAUCUGACUACGACAGUUCACAGGCUUCGUCUAUCCCUUUCAAAGGCCAAAGAGUUGGUGACUUCUGGAAGUACAGCAGUUGCUAGCCUAUCAGAAGCCGUCAAUGGCAUUAUUAAUGAGGCAAAACUAGUGAAGACUGCACUUAGCAGCUCCCUGCCGAUUAGUUGGUCAGCAGACGAAGACGAUGGAGUUAAUCGUCAGAGUGUCAGCAAUGAGCCAGGUCAUGCUUAUGGGAAGGCCAGUCAUGAGAAGAUAGAUUCUGUUUAUGCUGCCGGAUUUGAGAUGGUGGAGCUCCUAAUACUUGCAGCGCAAAUAUUGAAAGACAACACGAGCAAAACUGGUUCCUAACUGAAAUGGGAAUGGUCUACUGUAACUUGGGUAAAAUGGUUCAUGAUGAUCGGUUAGACGCCAAAGCAUAACUGGUACCCCUGAACAAAUUGAUGCUAACGGGAGAGUCGGGUACACUGAGAAUUCUUCAAGAAGUAAAAAAUGAAACUCAGUCGUCGAGGGCCGAAUGCAGAUUUGUGCAGUAUCUUGUCAUUGUACAUUUGUAACCGGUUGCAUUGUAAAUCUGUUUUCCGUUGAGUGAUUAGGGGUGUUUAGGGAAUUCAGUACCUCUCAGAACAUGCUUUAGAUGCAUUCAUCUGUUGUUCA